GCUCGAGCCGAUUCGUUUGGCGCAAUCCUCGUCCUGCAAACGGAACUCACGCGGCGGCUGCAGCUCGUUUUUUUUCCAUAUUUCCACUAUCCACACAUUUCACGGCUGCGUUUCUUGCGGUUUGGCUUUCAUUGUUUCUCGGUCCGCAAACGCUCGUUUUACGUUUACACCUUUUACGGCUCCCAUUCUAUAACGCUGCGGGCCGCAAAAACGACAUGGAAAAAUGGUUAGGAUACUAUCGACUUGGCUUUAACCGUCACACAGUUUAGUUUUGAGUUCACACUGAGAGAAAAGUAGCGAAAAUUUAGUGAACCGAAUCAAAAUUUUGUGCAUUUGUGCGGCCGCCGCUGGCACCGUGAUAUAACAGGAGUUGCCGCUCGACUUUCUCUACUCACUCUCCCUCUCUCGCGAGUCGAAGUCGUACUUGAAGGUCUCCAUGUGGCAGCUCCAUUGACCAGGAAGGCAAGCAACCGGAGCGCCCAAGUUAACCAAUGCUUUUGGGCCAAUUCGUUUGACAAUUGAGGAAGUGAGCCGCAACUUUUAAAUGAAGAAACAUGGGGAAUGGCAUGAACAAGGUCUUGCCGGGACUUUAUGUGGGCAACUAUCGCGACUCCAAGGAUCACACUCAGCUGGAAAGAUUCAAGAUCUCGCACAUCAUCGCCAUACAUGACAGUCCGCGGCGUCUGCUGCCGGACAAGCACUACCUGUGCGUGAUGGCCUCGGAUACGCCAGAUCAGAAUCUCUCCCAAUACUUUUCCGUCUGCAACGACUUCAUACACGCCGCCCGGCUUCGCGAAGGCAACGUGCUCAUCCACUGCCUGGCGGGGAUGUCGCGCUCUGUGACCGUGGCCGUGGCCUAUAUCAUGACGGCCACACACCUGAACUGGAAGGAGGCACUGAAGGUAGUUCGAGCUGGUCGCGCUGUGGCCAAUCCCAAUGCUGGAUUCCAGAGCCAACUGCAGGAGUUUGAGCAGUUUAAGCUGCCCGAGGAACGACGCCGCUUGAGGGAACGCUUUCCAUCCUCGGCUCUGGAGCAACUGGAUCGCACCAAGGUGGCCACCGCGCUGGACAACUACCAGGAGUUGCUGCAGAACCGCGACAUCUGCGAGGGUAACUGCUCCCGCGGCGAAAAAUGUCCUACAGGCGUCUGCAACAUGGACCCCACGAAGGGCUUGUUCCGACGUCGUCCCUCCAACGCCUCCACUCACUCGCGUCUGCGUGCCCAGUCCUCCAACGCCAACGCCUCGUCCAGUUCGCUCAGCGUGAGCAGUGCCGCCGCCCAAUCCUGCCCCACAUCGCCCAAGAGCUCACCGCUGCCCAUAGUCCGUCGUUCGGUGGGCAACGAGCGCAUACCCGAGGACGAGAUCGUCCUGGAACAGCCGCCCACCACAUCCCGUGAGGCGGCCGAGUAUGCCGCCGCCUUCGAGGAUGCUCGCCGGGAGCAGGAGCAGCGCCAGCAGCAGCUGUCCAGGAGUCAGCGCUCUCCCCGGCCGGGCAACUCCUCGAGAGAAGCGCCUCGGGUGAGUAGCGCCGGCAGUCGAAGGGAGUCGGCGGCCAGGGAGGGUAAUGGCUCCGCACAGCUGCAGCGGAGUGCCAGUACGGUCAGCGGUUUCGGAGUGCGUCCACGGAGUAGUCCGGCUGGACUGCACGCUUACACGGGAUCGGUUCCUUCCUCCGUCCACGGUUCCCGAGUGGAUUUGCGUGAUGCUGACAAGGGAUCGGCCAUAUACCUGGGCUGUUCCGCACCGAGGGCCUCCACACUAUCUAUAUCCUCGUCGAGAGGCUCGUCGGGAGGCUCGGCUCCACCCUCACCCUGCCACACUCCUCCCGCCAGUCCACGUCAUGGUGUAAAAAGAUCCACCAGUCUGGUGAAGAAGCCGAGAUGAAGUCCAGAGCAAGCCGUCAUUAGGCGAGGAGAAUUUUUUGUAAUGCGAGUUGCAUUGACACCCACUGCAUAUAAUCUGUAAUCCUUAAGCGACUUGCACCCUUUGGCAAAAUGCGCUCGUGACCUGCAGACUUGUUUGGAAGGGGACCAUGGAUACCCGCUUGGGAUUCGUAGGAUCCUCGAGUAGCUUACUCUUGUUAGACGCUUGGGCUGAGGAAUCCUUCGUUUUCGGCUUUGGCUACUAAAAGUUGUUGAUCAAUUUUUAAAACGCAUUCGAGGCACUCGCCUUCGAGUGCAGCCUGAAUUAAGAAAAUCAAAUGUUGAGAGAUUAUUUUUCAGAGACGCAUUUAAGAAAUACCGACAUAUACAUAUACACACAUAUUUACUGUAUAUUAUAUAGCGUAUUUAUUUAUACGAGCAGAUUUGUUGUCGGUCCAUUUGGAAGGACUGAUUCCCCGGCCUCCUGGUUAUGGCCAUUUGUUAGUUUUGUACCGAAAGAUGGCGCGUGCAAGCGAUUGUGGGGACAGUCGAACAAUAAUUGAGAAUUGUACAAUUGCGUAUUUUUGAUUACACCCACUGUUGUUGCAAAUAUUUUGAUAGCGAACCAAAACUAAUUGGGCGAAUCCCAAGGCAAGCGUUAUAUACAUUCAUACAUACCUAGUUGAUAUAGUAUUGACAUAUGAGAUUUGAGAUUGUUAUUUAGAGUUGUUGCAUUGUGUAGCAUUGAAUAUAUAAACAAAGUUUAUUAGCUCACCCCACCCUCUUUCUUCCACACACCAAGCAAAUGAAAAACUCGAGAUGAAAAGCAAUACAGAGCGGACUUUUCCACAUUAGAUCACAAAACAAAAUUUAACCAAAACAAACAAAUCGCAUUAAAGUGUGCUUUAAAGCUUGUGGCUUAUCAUAAUGAAAACAAAACACGAUUCAAAUUAUAAUCGAUAAGAAUGUAAAAUUAUUUACAAUCUUUCCUAGAAUAUCGAAAACAAUCUAAAGGACAUUUGAGACAUUUUUUCAAGCUGGCUUUGACAAAAUAUAAAUGGUUCGGAGAAACACAAAUACAUACAUAUGGCGAUGAACGGCGAUGAAUCAAAUACUGUAUUUAUAAUGCCUAGAGGAAUGCACAAAUCGGUUUUAAACUAAAGUUAUAUAAAGAAUAAAUCGUUAAGUUUGUCAAAUUAAUACAAUUAAUAUACAAUAAUAAAAGCAACUGUCUCCAAGACGCAAAAAUUGAAAUGGAACCUAAUUGCAACAUAGAACAUAAUAAAAUUUACCCUGGAUAUCCUUGGGAAAUAGUCGUUUAA